AUGAGAUUGAAUUAUAAAGAUAUUUCCAAGCAGCCAAGGAAUAUAGCAAAAUUAGGAUGGUGCAUUCCCGCCUCUUGUUCCCCUUCGGAACUGGAGAAGUAUUUAAAUGAAAAUUUGAAUCACUCUUUGGGUGAAGGAAAUGUAACAUACAGUUCUCGAGUUCUUAAAGAUCUUUGUAGGACUUCAAAUGAAGGAAGAAGUUUGGAUAGCGUGGACCUAGCAUUUUGCAUAACGGUGCUGGUGUUGACCAUAUUGGUCACCGCUUCCACGUUCUGGGAUUUUAAAUGUCAUGGGCAUCAAAACAGAGAAACCAUCAGUCAGAAGCUUUUUAUGGCGUUUUCAGCUAGGAAGAACUUUUUGGAUUUGAACAAGCUUGAAAGUUCGGACAAAGCUCUAAGCAUUCUCUAUGGGAUAAAGACCUUUUCAAUAUUCAUGAUUAUUAUCGAUCAUAGAUUCGCUUACUUCAUCAUGUCUAUUGUUUCAAACGUUGAUUACAUCGAAGGGAUGUACAGAAAUCCACUAGUCAGCUAUAUUUUUCAUGGAGACCUAUUCGUGGAUACAUUCUUCGUCAUAAGUGGAGUUUUGGUCGUUUAUAGCUUGAUGGGUGUAUAUGAUAAAAAGAUUAUUAAUCCAGGUUUAAUAAUAUUUAUGCGAUACAUAAGAUUGACGCCAGCCUAUGCCUUUGUCAUCUUCUACUACUGCUCUCUCUUGUACCACUCUGGUGACGGACCUUUAUGGAAAUCAAUUGUAGGUCCGGAGUGCAUGGUGCAUUCAUGGUACUUACCCUGUGACUUCCACUUCUUCGUACUAGCUGUAGGACUGGUGCUGUUAAUGAAGAAACAGAAGAAACUGGGUAUAAGUGUUUUCUUCACCCUUGCUAUCGUUUCAGUGUUGAUACCAUUUGGCCUGAAAUACAUAUACAAGAGGCCGGCGUUUUUCAGAUUCUUCCCAACUAAAAUGCUAAACGUUAAAGCAGACAAGGACUUUACCUUGACUUAUACUAAGUCUCACGCUAGAGCGACUACAUAUUUCAUUGGAAUGUUUGCUGGAUACCUUUAUUACCAAUUGAAGGGUGUUGAAUAUAAAAUUUCUAGAUUAUACUCUACGAUUCUGGCACUAAUUUCCUCGUUUUUACUCCUGGCCUGCAUGUUUGCCGGAUCCGUGUACUAUGACCCUUUCCACACCUACAACGGAUAA